AAACACAUCUUUGCCGAGAAGGAAUCAAAUCCGGUGCUGGUUUUGGUCAUUCUCCGGCGAACCCUUUACCACCACUCAAGUGUAGGAAGCAUAAGUGCAAAGGAUAUUUCAGAAUGUGCUGUCUAGCAUCCUCUACUUGUACAUCUACCAAUAUUCCUUCACUUCAAUCCCCUAAAUUUAUAUAAAUCCAAUCGUGGGCUCCCAUUCAAACACACUCAUAGAAACCACACAUAAUCUUUCGCUUGUGUUUUCUGUCCCCCUCUCAAAUCAAAAGAACAAGAAAAAAAAAUAAAAAAAUUUGAGCUAAGGAUGGUGAAGUUCUCUAAGCAGUUUGAGGGUCAGCUUGUGCCCGAAUGGAAAGAAGCCUUUGUUGAUUAUUGGCAACUCAAGAAAGACCUCAAGAACAUCCACCUACUCAACACUUGCAACACUAAACCCGCGAAUAAUCGCAAACCCGAUUCUUUUUCCAACACUCUCUUGACCUCUCUAAAGAAAUUCUUGUUUGGAAUUCAACAGAGAAAGGAUGAAACAAUUCAGGUGCAUAGGAAACUUGCAUCUUCUGCUAGUAAGGGAGACAUGUAUGAGACAGAACUACUCGAGCAAUUCGCGGAGAGUGAUGCUGCUAAAGAGUUUUUCACUUGCUUGGAUUCGCAACUUAACAAGGUUAAUCAAUUCUACAAAACAAAGGAGAAGGAGUUCUUUGAUAGAGGGGAGUGUUUGAAGAAGCAAAUGGAGAUUCUCAUUGAGGUGAAAACCACGCUUAAGCGACAGCGCGACAAAGGAGUUGCUUCUGCUCUUGAUUCCAAGGAUGGUCCUUCUGUGUCAUGCACCGUUUCUUCCGAGGACUCUGUUUACUCUGUUAAGGACAGAACAGAACAAGAGCAGCAGCUGCAAGAUGACGACUCAGAUGACUUGGAGAAAGAUAUUGCUGAGCCAUUUCCAGAUACCCCAAGAUCAGAUGACAUGGCAAAAUCAAUGAGGAUGAAAACAGAAGAUGGAAAAUUGAGGACGCUUUCGGGUCGUGUUUUCAGUUGCCAAGGGAAGAACAUUAAGUUAAACAUUCCUCUAACAACGCCAUCUCAAACUUUCUCCGCAAUUAGUUACUUGGUGAGGGAAGAUCUACUCAAUCAGUCCUCGAGAAAAAGCGGCCCUGAAGGAAGCAAGUUGAAGAUCAACAAAGCCAAGCUGCAUCAUGCAGAGAAGAUGAUUAAAAGAGCCUUUAUUGAGCUCUACAAAGGAUUAAGCUAUCUUAAAACUUACAGGCACCUGAACAUGCUUGCUUUCAUAAAGAUCUUGAAGAAAUUCGACAAAGUAACAGGAAAACAAGUUCUACCCAUUUACCUAAAAGUUGUUGAAAGUUCAUAUUUCAACAGCUCAGACAAGGUAAUACAUUUAGCAGAUGAAGUUGAGGAGCUAUUUAUCCAGCACUUUGCAGAAGAGGACCGAAGAAAAGCCAUGAAAUAUCUUAAACCUCAUCAACAUAAAGAAUCUCAUGCUGUUACUUUCUUCAUUGGGCUGUUUUCCGGGUGCUUCGUUGCACUUCUGGCUGGUUAUGCUAUUAUGGCUCAUAUUACCGGAAUGUACAGACACCAACCCGCGAAUACAGUAUAUAUGGAGACUGUGUACCCAGUACUUAGCAUGUUCAGCCUAUUGUUUCUACACUUCUUCUUGUAUGGUUGCAACAUUUUCAUGUGGCGGAAGAUGCGUAUAAAUUAUAGCUUCAUCUUCGAACUUUCCCCAACCAAGGAGCUUGGCUACAGAGAUGUGUUCUUGAUUUGUACCACAUCAAUGGCUACUGUAGUGGGAGUUAUGUUUGUUCAUCUGUCUCUUCUGACAAAAGGGUAUUCGUAUACACAAGCUCAAGCCAUUCCCGGACUUAUGCUAAUGGCCUUCUUAUUAGUCCUUGUCUGCCCCUUCAAUAUUUUCUAUAAAUCAAGCCGUUACCGGUUCAUUUCCGUGAUAAAGAAUAUCAUCUUAUCACCACUCUACAAGGUUGUCAUGCUAGAUUUCUUCAUGGCUGAUCAGCUAUGCAGUCAGGUACCAAUGCUCAGAAACCUUGAGUAUGUGGCAUGUUACUACAUAACUGGAAGCUACAAAACUCAGAACUAUGGUUAUUGCAUGAGAGUUAAGCAUUACCGCGAUCUUGCUUACGCGGUGUCAUUCCUACCCUACUACUGGAGAGCAAUGCAGUGUGCUCGGAGAUGGUUUGAUGAAGGCCAGACGAGCCAUCUUGUGAAUCUAGGCAAGUAUGUAUCAGCAAUGUUAGCAGCAGGAGCAAAAGUAGCCUAUGAGAGGGAAAGAGGAGCUGGAUAUCUCUGUCUAGUUGUGAUCCUGUCAAGUGCUGCAACAGUUUACCAAUUAUAUUGGGACUAUGUAAAGGAUUGGGGUUUGCUUCAAAUGAAUUCCAGGAAUCCGUGGUUGAGGAACGAGUUAAUGCUUCGACGAAAGAUCAUUUACUACUUCUCCAUGGGAUUGAACCUUAUUCUCAGACUGGCUUGGCUACAAACUGUUGUCCAUUCAAAUUUUGAACAUGUUGAUUACAGAGUAACUGGGUUAUUCUUAGCUGCCCUUGAAGUCAUUAGAAGAGGACAGUGGAACUUUUACAGGUUGGAGAAUGAGCAUCUAAAUAAUGCAGGCAAGUUUAGAGCAGUGAAGAUGGUGCCGCUACCUUUUCAUGAAGUGGAUGAGGAAGACUAAUGGCUCAUUGGCAACAGUUGCUUAAAGAAAAUUCGAUUCAAGAGAAUUGAAGAUUUUUUCAGGGAGGAUUGAACCCUGUUUUCCUCCUUGUACUAGUUGAUGUAAAAAAGCAUGUCAAGUUGAUUCUUAUUAUUGUUCCAAGAAUCUUGGGGGAGAAAAAAGGGUUUAUACAAUUGUAUACAAGAAUUUUUCUUCAAGGAAAUAGAAGUUGAUGCAGCAGAUCCUGUUGAGUUCAUGCUAUGUUCAACAAAUCUAGAUGAUGCUGCAAAGCUAGAUAAAAUCUGAAGUUAAAGAGUGUAAUAUCAUGAGCCUGUCACCUAUGUAACCACUUGGGAAUAGUCUAACAAUGAAUUUCUCUGAGAUCAAAUCGUAUGUAUUUGGACAGUUCUAAGUUUGAUUAUCAUUAACAGCAAUAUCUUUGUUGUCA